AAGAGCUGCAGCGCCGAAGUGACAAUGGCUUCCCUUCACGUUGCUCUUUCUUCAUUUCCCGGUCCCAGUUUCCGGCCAACAGGCAAGUUGGUAAUUCGGUGCUCCGCGGACCGGCAAGCGCUGUUUAAUCGCAUUGCCCCUGUUUAUGAUAAUUUGAAUGAUCUCCUGAGUUUGGGUCAACACCGCAUAUGGAAAAGAAUGGCUGUUUCGUGGAGCGGAGUUAAAGAAGGGGACGAUGUACUAGAUAUCUGUUGUGGAAGUGGGGAUUUGACGUUUCUUUUGUCUGAAAAAGUUGGAUCCCAUGGCAAGGCAGUCGGUCUUGAUUUCUCAAAUGAACAAUUAUUAAUCGCUUCGACUCGGCAGAAAUUACGUUCAAAGACAUGUUACAAGAACAUCAAGUGGAUGGAGGGCAAUGCACUUGAUUUACCCUUUCCUGACUCCUCCUUUGAUGUUGUUACUAUUGGCUAUGGAUUACGAAAUGUAGUAGAUAGACACAGAGCUAUGGCAGAGAUAUGUCGAGUUUUGAAACCAGGCUCAACGUUAUCUGUUCUUGACUUCAAUAAGAGUAUCAACCCCUUGAGCACCGCAGUUCAGGAAUUGAUGAUCGACAAUAUAGUUGUUCCUGUAGCGAGUGGUUAUGGCCUAGAAAAUGAGUACAAAUACUUGAAAAGCUCUAUCAGGGACUUUCUGACAGGAAACGAGUUAGAGAAGCUGGCUCUUGAAGUAGGAUUUUCCACUGCCAAACAUUUUGAGAUAGGAUUUGGAUUUAUGGGAAAUUUGGUAGCCAUUCGCUAGAAUGACUUCAUUUGCUUCAUCUUCCAAUUGCCUUAACAAGCGAGAAAAGAUGCAGUAAGAGGAGGAAUGAGUGGUAUUUUUGCCAAUAGAUAAUAGUAUACUUCUUCCAUCGAUUUCAAGUCAUGUCUAUUAGUGUAUUGAGUAUUUCACCCUGACUGACUGAAGAUAUGUGAU